AUGCCGGUCGCCGAGGAGCCACAAGGCAGCACCCAGGGUGGCUCAACCACCCCACAGAUACACCGGGUAAGCUCCUUUCAUGGAAUGGAAGUAGUUGAAGUAGAAGGUACAGAUAUUACACCAGAACAAGUAACCAAAGAAGCGGGAUGGCUUGACAGCUACCGCAACAGGAAUCGUAGAACCCUCGCGCAGCUUGGCCUAACAGCAGAAAAAACAAGCAAAAUAGCUGUAGCCGGCGCAGUCCGUACCAGAUAUUCCACCAAGAAACCACAGGUGCCGCGACAACCGCAACUGCCAAGGGAAGAUAUAAAGAUCAUCGUACGUCCCCGCGGCGGGCUUAAUAUUUCAAAACUAAGCGACGCGCUAAUUCGAGAUGGAGUACUGCGUGCCGCAACAGUAACAAUCGCUGAGGCGGAAGACGACAUAUAUCGCUCCUGCAUGGGACAAAAUAUCAUAGUAAUCAGCACUCCAAGUUUGGCAAACGCUGAGAAAUACCAUCGAAUCAAAGAACUCCAAUUCGGAGACACGCACUACGAAGCCACAGCCUACGCAACCCCACCAGCAGACACCUCCAAAGGCGUAAUCCACAAUAUUCCGGAUUACGACACUGCGGAAGACAUCACCAAAAGCCUUAUCUACAAGAAGAACCCCCCCAUCCUGCAGGUCCGUCGUAUGGGAAACACCAACUCAGUCAUCAUCAUCUUUGAAGGCCCAAAGGUACCAUUCUACGUCUACUACAGGGGCGCGGAGUACCGCUGCUACCUCCACAAGAAAAAAGUCGAAGUGUGCGGCGCCUGCGGCCGCAUCGGUCAUCGCGCGGACGUAUGCCCGACCCCUGACAAGCAACAAUGCAUAGAAUGUGGUGCCCAAAACCCCACGGGCAAUCACAACUGUAACCCCAGCUGUGCGCUAUGUGGCAAAGACCACCCCACGGGAGACAAGCGCUGCCGGAAACGCUUUCAGACGCCUUUCCUCAUCAAACAGCGCCAGUGGGAAAAACGGCGACAACAGCAGCAAGCACUACACACCCGGAGCGACGGAGACAGAGACCCAUUGCUAUCAAGUCAAGACGGCAAAAAAGCAGCGGAGACCCAACGCCCCUCCCGAUCCAAAUCAAGGAACACGGCCAAAAGCCGCAAGGCAUCUCAAACCAGAUUUCCAUCGGAACAUAGACCCCAAGCGAAACAAGAAAGCAAGACCUCAAACAACAACAAGAUGAGCUGGGCAAGUGCAGUCUCCCAGCCUAAACCCACUAUGACAGAAAACCCCACCCUCCCCUCAUCUCACAACAGUGAGCUUACUAAAAUCAAAAAAAUGCUCGAAACACUACUAGCAGAGAAUAAGGCCCUGAAGGCCGAGAUCGCUCAACUCAAGGCAACACCGCCUGAAACGGCUGCACCCGCCGAUCCAGAAACGACCCCUAUAGAAAUAGAUGCACCCCCGGUAGUUGUAGAACCUACAGCACAAGAUGCGGAAUCAGAUUCCGAUAUCGAACACCUACCCGCAAAACGCAGAGCGGUAGAACAAUCCCCUCAUUCCCAGGGGACAACCGCCCGCGCCGGCAACUUUAAGCGUAAUAUCAGGGAAGACAUGAUCAUAGACAAAAUCACCAGGGUCAUUGAUCUCAAAUUCGAAGUAAUUCAUAAAAACUUCCACACCAUGAUCACACAAUUUGCCGAGAAUUGUAAUGCCAGAAUUACGGCCCUAGAAAACGCGCAACAGAGGCCCAGCGUAGGGCCCAUUAAAGUAACUAAGCCUUACAGUCGCCCGACUAAUGAUGGCCAGGAUUAG